CCUAGGCUGGGCUUGACAGACGCUCCCCGUCCUACACUGCGCUGGGCCACCAGCCCGGAGCGACACCUUAGUCGGAUCCCAGCUCAGGUGUCAAGCUAGGGAUGCAGUCCAUUCCCGUCGCCACCGCCUGUGCCAUUUACCAUAAGUUCUUCUGCGAGAUCAACGUGGACGCCUAUGACCCCUACUUGGUCGCCAUGUCUGCCCUUUACUUGGCUGGCAAAGUGGAAGAACAGCCCCUGCGAACCCGUGACAUCAUCAACGUGUCCAACAGGUACUUCCACCCGGGCAGCGAGCCCUUGGAGCUGGACUCCCGAUUCUGGGUGAUCCGGGACAGCAUUGUGCAGUGCGAGCUCCUUGUGCUGCGGGUACUGCGCUUCCAAGUCUCCUUUCAGCACCCACACAAGUACCUGCUCCACUACCUGAUUUCUCUCAAGAACUGGCUGAAUCGUUACAGCUGGCAACGGACCCCCAUCUCCGUCACUGCCUGGGCCCUGCUGCGGGACAGCUACCACGGGGGGCUGUGCCUCCGGUUCCAGGCUCAGCACAUAGCGGUGGCGGUGCUCCACCUGGCCCUGCAGGUCUAUGGGGUCGAGGUGCCCGCCGAGGCCGAGGCCGAGAAGCCAUGGUGGCAGGUGUUUAGUGACGACCUUACCAAGCCAAUCAUUGAUAACAUUGUGUCUGAUCUCAUUCAGAUUUAUACCAUGGACACAGAGAUCCCCUAAGGCCCUGGUCCAGGCCUGUCCAAAGAGAAGCCUGGGACGCUCGGCUGCCAGGGGACGGUGCCACCACAUCGCCGUGACCGCCGGUCCCCAGAGGACUGGCUGGGAGGACUGGUUCUGUGCUGCUGGAUGGUGA